GAGGUGGCCCGCGGCGCAUGCGCGCGCGCGCGCGGCGCCGUAAAAAGCGGGCGCCCUCCGCGCUAGAGCCGCUUCCGCCCGCGCGCAAAAUGGCGGCGCCCUUUGUCUGUUCCGUGUCACCGUGAUCGCCGCCGCUGCUGCCGCCGGGAUUAUGUGACGCUCGUGGGAUGGCAGGUGCGGGGCCGAGAGGGCAGGCGGCGCCCGCGGGCUCCUUCCGCCCGCCCAGCGGCUGAGAGCGGGGCCGGCCGUCCCCGCAGGCGAGAUCGGGCGAAGAAAAGCGGCGGCGCGGAGCGCUCCUCUUCGGGCCAUGGACUUCCCGCAGCACAGCCAGCAAGUCCUGGAGCAGCUGAACCAGCAGCGGCAGCUGGGCCUCUUGUGCGACUGCACCUUCGUGGUGGACGGCAUCGACUUCAAGGCCCAUAAGGCGGUGCUGGCAGCCUGCAGCGAGUACUUCAGGAUGCUCUUUGCCGACCAGAAGGACGUGGUGCACUUGGACAUCAGCAACGCGGCAGGUCUGGAGCAAGUGCUGGAAUUCAUGUACACGGCCAAGCUGACCCUCAACCCGGAGAACGUGGAGGACGUCUUGGCCGUGGGCAGCUUCCUUCAGAUGCAGGAGGUCGUCCAGGCCUGCAACGCGCUCAGGGCCCUCUCGGCGCCAGCUGGGCUGGAGAUCCCCGCAGUGGCUGGGCAGGAGAAAACAACCAGCAGCAAGCACAAAGCAGAAGCCCUCACGGACCAGGAGGAACCAACUUCCUGUGACAGCCUCCAGCCGGCUGAAGCGGACCUUCCUGCAGAGGAUCCGAAGGACGAGGCGGUAGCAGGAAGAGAGUGUGUGGCUGGUCAAAGGCCAGACCCUCCGACGCGGAAAGUCCCUGCGGAGGUGGAGCUGGAAAGCCACGAAGAGGAGGAAGACCCGCCCUCAGAGGCGGAGGGCAGCGGCGCGACGGCUGAGCCCAAACUGGACCUGCUGACCAACGGCAGCGUCCCCGAGGAGACCGAGUCUGGCGGCACCGACUCUGGGCAGGAGAAUGCGGGAGAGGGCAGGCUGCUCUGCUCGGGGACAUACAGCGACAGGACGGAGUCCAAAGCGUACGGCUCCGUGACCCACAAGUGUGAGGACUGUGGAAAGGAGUUCACCCACACGGGCAACUUCAAGCGCCACAUCCGCAUCCACACGGGAGAGAAGCCCUUCUCCUGCCGGGAAUGCAGCAAGGCCUUUUCUGACCCUGCGGCCUGUAAAGCACACGAGAAGACCCACAGCCCCCUGAAGCCGUACAGCUGCGAGGAGUGUGGCAAGAGCUACCGCCUCCUCAGCCUGCUGAACCUGCACAAGAAGCGCCACACGGGGGAGGCCAGGUACCGCUGCGAGGACUGCGGGAAGCUCUUCACCACCUCGGGCAACCUGAAGCGCCACCAGUUGGUGCACAGCGGGGAGAAGCCCUACCAGUGCGACUACUGCGUGCGCUCCUUCUCCGACCCCACCUCCAAGAUGCGGCACCUGGAGACGCACGACACCGACAAAGAGCACCAGUGCCCUCACUGCGAGAAGAUGUUCAACCAGGUGGGGAACCUCAAAGCCCACUUGAAGAUCCACAUAGCUGACGGUCCCCUGAAGUGUCGCGAGUGUGGGAAGCAGUUCACUACCUCAGGUAACUUGAAGCGGCACCUCCGCAUCCACAGUGGAGAGAAACCAUACAUCUGCGUCCAUUGCCAGCGCCAGUUUGCUGACCCGGGGGCUCUCCAGCGGCACGUUCGCAUUCACACAGGCGAGAAGCCCUGCCAGUGCAUAAUUUGUGGGAAAGCCUUCACCCAGGCCAGCUCUCUAAUAGCCCACGUGCGCCAGCACACUGGGGAAAAGCCCUACGUUUGCGAACGUUGUGGCAAAAGGUUUGUCCAGUCCAGCCAGCUGGCUAAUCACAUCCGCCACCACGACAACAUCCGCCCUCACAAGUGCAACGUCUGCAGCAAAGCUUUUGUGAACAUGGGGGAUCUGUCCAAGCACUUCAUCAUCCACACAGGGGAAAAGCCGUUCCUGUGCGACAAAUGCGGCCGCGGCUUCAACCGGGUGGAUAAUCUCCGCUCCCACGUCAAGACGGUCCACCAAGGCAAAGCGGGGAUGAAGCUCCUGGAGCCCAGCGAAGACGACGAGCUCAACAUUGUCACCGUGGCCUCAGAGGAGAUGGUGACGCUGGCCACGGAAGCCCUGGCUGCCACGGCAGUCACCCAGCUCACUGUUGUUCCCGUCGCAGCGCCCGUCACCGCAGACGAGACGGAAGCUCUCAAGGCGGAGAUCACCAAGGCCGUGAAACAGGUCCAAGAGGCAGACCCCAACACCCAGAUCCUCUACGCUUGCGAUUCCUGCGGGGAGAAGUUCCUGGAUGCCAACAGCUUGGCUCAGCAUGUGCGCAUCCACACAGCCCAAGCCCUGGUCAUGUUCCAGGCGGACACAGACUUUUACCAACAGUACAGCGCUACUACCGCUUGGCACGGCGAGCAGGUCAUCCCAUCGGGAGAGCUACUCUUCCGGGCACGGGAUGGCAGCGAAGUGUCGCCGGCCUUGCCGGAGGCCCCACCGGCGGCUGGAGAGUGAUGGCAGAUGCAGCUCCGCCUGAAGACGGGUGCCCAAAGGAGAAGCCCCCCCCCCCCCCGGUCAGCUUGGAGAGCCCCCCUCCUGCUCGGCGGAAGGACUGGGAAAAGCUCUGCUCCCGCCAGCCGCCACCUCCCAUCGCUCUGAACGCUCCAGCGCUGCUCACAAACCGCUAUUUAAAGCCACGAGUGCUACAUAAAACUGAUGUAAAAAAAAAAAUAAUAUUUCUAUAUUGGAGAGACUUACACCUGUGUUAAUAGUGAGAAGAAAUAAAAGGCUGUUAUUUUCUAUGUUUGAAAUUAAAACUUUGCUUUGGCUGAGUUUGGUCUCUUCAGCCAAGGUUUUCCUAGCUUUUCUUCGCUCGGUCUCCCCAGCAGAACACACAGGAGGGUUUUGUUCCGUCCACCAGAUCCGGAAAGCCAGCCAAGGCUCCUGUCGGAAGCAGAAUUUCCAGCCACUGCUUCAAGGGAGGAGGUGGUGAAGGACACCUUGUAUUGAAGCAGCCUAGGCACCCCACUUUCCUGCAGAUAACCGUGAACACCAGGGUGUUUUGUCUUUUUUAAUAAAAGUCUGUAUUCCAAUGGACACACAAAACAAAACUGCGCUGAGAAAACAGUUCCAUAAAUUAAGUCUUAGGAGGAUCGGAGAGAAGGCAGAUUAAAAAGUCUGUACAGUGGGUGAAACCUUCCGUGGGCAGAGCGAAGGCGGCGGGGGGGGGGAGGCCCAUGUCUAAAUGAAGCGCACUUACAAAUGAGUGACAAAUACAAAGUCGGAGUAUGAAAAUAAGAUUUUCUUUGAAAACACAUCUUUUUUUUGGCACAGGUUAAAAAAAAAGUAUGUUGUGGGGAUCAGAUUUCUUUAGAGUUUUUAUAUAUAUAUAUGUAUAUAUGUGUGUAUAUAUGCGUGUGUGUAUAUACAUACGCACAUCCAGACACAUACAUAUAUAUAUAUAUAAAAUAUUAUAUAUAUAUUUAUAUAUACACACACCCACGGAGUCCUGCAUAAUACCACCGAGGACAAAAUAGCUCUCCUUUUUAUGCUUUGCGUUCAGUGUAAACUGUACAUCCAGGAUGGAGUAGGGAAACUGCGAGGGGGAGGGAGGGGGGCUUCUCCUGGAGAGCGUGAAAUGCUCCUUGACCCACAGACUGGAGCGGAAAGUCCUGCGGUUCUGAGUCCACGCCGCCAGCUGCUGUGUGUGUGUAUUGAGACAUCCAUCUAGCAUACCACAACAACUCUUCAACUGUGCAAAGGUCCAAAGUCGCAAAUUUUAGUGCAAAGUCCGUUCCUCCUCUUCCUCCUCCUCUCUAGCCAGCUGUCAAAAAAAAAAAAAAAAAAAA